GCCCCUCGACUGACAAACCGACUCGUAACAGCAUUAAUAUGUAAUUGGUUCAGUGCUUAAAAACAUAAUUAAAUUCAUUUAUAAGUGAGUGAUUCUGGCUCCGGAACCGAUUUCCGAAAAUAAUUUCCGCUAAAUCACCGUCGCUAAUUUGACGCAUGUUAGAACGAAUAUUAUUUGUGGCCUAGUGGGUCAUUUUCGUAAUUAAAGUAUUGCAUUAAUGCAAACGACAGCUUAAGAGCUAACCAUGAUUGCGAAGAAUAUAUUGUUUACGGAUGCCCUAGCAUUAAAUAUUUCUAAACACUCAUUAUUUACUGCUAUUGGCAACCAAGCGCUUUUUCUUUCUAGCAAUUCCAAUAUUCGGUUGCCGCAGGAAUUGCGUUACAAAAAAGUACACGGUUUUGCUUUCAUCCAUAUAUGCGAGUUAACGGGGCUGCUACUAUUUUACGCUGAAAAUGAGUUCUCUUUGUUUAAAUAUGAUACUACUCAGAAAGAAACCUUUACAUUAAUUUAUGAAGGUGAGACAAAAGACUGGAUAAAUGCAGCCGUAUUUUUCAAGGACGAGAGAAGCUGUCAAUUUGCAUUGCACAUGGCACAUGGUGUCCUUCUGCGUUUACAAUACAAUAACCCAAACAAUAUGAAAUUUGGAGAAUGCAGUAUAUUAGAAUUGGCACGUUGCACUGACUAUUCUUUGCUUUAUUACACAAUUUUACACGGUAAAUGCUAUAAUAAGCUUAAUAUAAUAAGCGGCAAUGGAUUUGGAGAAAUAAUGAUUUGGCAGCCACAUACUCCUGUUCAUAUUAACUUAAAUUCACGUACCAAAAUAUUUCCACUUUGCUUGCGGCUAAAGGCGCAUAAUGGUGUUAUAUUUUCUAUUGACAUUAAUUUAGCAGCACGUUUGCUAGUAACCUCUUCCGACGACCGUUCUUUAAAGUUUUGGCAGCUAGAAAGCGGAUCUGCGCCUGAUAUGAAAUUGGAUACAGCGUCGGUCAAGCCCUUGUUCAGCUGCUUUGGACAUACUGCCCGAGUCAUUUGUGCUAUCAUUGCAGAGUACGGAGGCCAAAUUUUUGUUAUAAGUGGAGGUGAGGAUUCGCAUAUAUGCGUUUGGAGUGAAUCAGGAGAAUUGUUAUUCAAACGCCGUCAACAAUUUGGCGCGCCGAUAUGGCGCCUGAGUUUCGACCAUUCUACCUCAACACUCUAUAGCACAGGCUCAACAGGAAACGUACUUGCUUACAACUUAAAAAUGACUUUAAGAUCAAAACAGAUCCAUUCAACCCAACUGAUACCGUUAGAUUCAUCCACCGAAUUUAUGAAAAAAAUUAAAUAUUUAAAUAAUAGUAUAAUCAUUGCUUUAAGCAAUAAAAAUAACAUGUUCUACAUGAAACUUACUAAGUCAUCUGAAAUGAAAAUUUGGAAAUCGGUUGAAGAUUUUCCCACCUAUAAGUGCACAGUUCUAGCUGUUAAUGAUGGAAUAAUUGCUACCUGUGGCUACCAACGUGUUACACUUCUAAGCUAUAACGGCGAUACAGAACGUUUUGUGCUACUUUACGAUGGAGUGAAGCUCAAAGGUCUUAUCCAAUCAUUUCACUUCCUCAGUAAAGAACUUUAUUUGAUAUCUGAUGAAUAUGGCAACUGUCUUUUACUGAAAGGAAAUAACAUGGAUGUUGAAGGAAGCAUAAUUAUCAGUAAAUGUCGUGAGCCCUGGAUAACAGCUGCACUGCUUGUGGUGCGAGAUUGCUUGCUGUUAAGCACUCGCAAUGGCCAUCUUAUUCUCUACACACGAGAAGGCAGUGUACAUUUACAACUAAAGACCAUACUUAAACGCUUGCAUGGCAAAUUGGGAUCUACUCUCCUUCAAUUGUUUAAGAUUGAUGGGAAAUAUGCAUACAUAUUAAGUGCUGGGCACGAAUCCGCUCUAAGAAUUUUACGAUUAAAUUUAACCGAUUAUCGUUUAACUAUUUUGCAACGUCAGUGUGUGCCUUUAGCGUGGAUAGAAGCAUCACCGACAUUAGAUUUGUUGAUCGGAUUUAAUGACAAUCAUAUUGUGGCUUGGUCUCAUAAAAAUGACGUGGUUUUACAAUUGCAAUGCGGAGGAGGCCAUCGGUGUUGGGACUAUCAGUUAAACAAUGAAGUACUUGAUAUAAUAUAUAUAAGGCAAAAGCAUGUAUUUCACUAUCGCGAGUUACUUCACAAUAAAUGGUCUUCAUGUUUAUGGCAGACUUUGCGAAAUGAUUGGCACACACGAAGUUGUAAUAUUAUACAAUUAAUUGAACAAAACAAUGUGCAGCCAUAUAUUGUGUCAGCCGGUGAUGAUAAUAUUAUUAAAAUUAAUCAGCUUAUCGGUCAGUCGUUUUAUCAGUGUGCCGAGUUGCAUACGCACAUCUCAAGCAUACGACAUUUAGUAGUAUACCCUUUAAAAUCUGAAAACGAUGUAAACUAUUGGCUUAUCUUCUCAGUUGGAGGUCGGGCGCAGCUAUGCAUUAAUAAGUUUGACACAAAUGGCCCAAUCGUAAGUGAACUGUGCUCGCACAUAGUACGAUCAACAAGCGGCGAUAACGGCUUACAUGAUGCUCGAUUAAUGGCAAUUAACGUUUUACAGCAUGCUACACCUGGAGAAUUCGCACUUUAUAUUGCCAGCGCUGAUGGAAAAAUUCGGUUGCUUCACUGGCAGCUAGAAAGACCUACACAAAUUUACUUACACUGUCAAAUUGACAUUAAAAGAUGUCCGCUUCAGAUGCAGUAUUCGAAUAAUCUUAAUUUAUUGCUAAUCACAACCACAAAUGGCAUGCUGUAUGGCUUCGAUAAGACUCUUUGCCUAAAACGGUUUGAGCUUCAGUUACACGCGGCUGGUAUCAAUGCUUUUGACACGUUAGACGAUGGCUCCCGUUUACAUAUUUUGUCCGGUGGAGACGAUGAAAUCUUUAAGUACACCACAAUCCAAAAAUCCGACAUGAGUGUUCUACAAAGCACGCAGUUCUCGGCCAUGCAUAAUGCUCAGAUAAAUGCGUUGGGAAUACAUUCAUUGAAACGCGUUGAUGAAGCCCCUCAACUACGUGCUUAUACGUGUAGCAUGGAUAAACAAAUUUAUAUGGUAAAUUUAACAACUUUAAAAUACACUCGCAUCGGUUAUACAUGUCUAUCUGAUAUAAAAGGAAUGCUGCUAGAUAAAAAUCAGCGUUUAUAUAUUUACGGUUGUGGGCUAGAAGUAAUUUUACUGGAAAAUAAUUAAAUAUAUGUUAAAAAAAUAA